UCUUAACGUUAAAUCAGUUUAGAAAUGGUAACAAUCAGACAGGUGGUGUCCAUUUACAAUGGAGGCUGUGUACAUUUGCUAAAUGUGGGAUUGCCGUCGCUUGUACUCCCUCACAGAAUUUUCCUCACGCUCCGGGAAAACCUAGCAUUAUCGUGUCAUCUGUACAACUGGCAAUUUGA